UUUCAGACCGUGUACCACAAAAUCAACUACGUCGCCCCGAACGCCGCCCUCAAGGUGGCCACAUUCGCUGCUCCGGCCCAUUAUGAGUACGCUGCCGCCGGUCCCGCUCUGUCCAAGUACAACUAUGCCGCAGCGAUUCCACAGUAUCAACAGUACGCACACUACCCGCAGCAGACUUUCCAGCUCUUCCAGCAUCACCAUCAGGCUCCGGCAGGGGCUACAAUCAUCACAAAUGCGGCAAUCCACCCGUACUCGCAGCAUCAUCAGCAGCAAGCAACAAUCUACGCCGGUCACCAGCCGACCGCUGUCCAUUAUACGCUGACUCAACCGGCUGUGCAGCAUAAUUAUCCGCAUCAAUCGGACGGGCAGACUCAGGCUCUGGCCGGGACCAUCCACUACCAGCAGCACCAGCACCCGCAGCAAACCUUCGUCGGAGUUCAGCCAUCGGUUCCGGUCGUCCAUCAGGCGCCAAUAGCCGCCAUCAAUCAGGUGAUUGCGACCCAGGCACAACUGGCCAAGUACCCAGUCCCGACGGCGGCCGCCCCGAUCUACGCAUCCAACUCGCAACUGCAGAACCAGCUCUACCACCAACAAACGGCCAAUUACGCAUCAUACCCGGUUCAUCUGGCAGCCAAACAAUAUCUGCCAACCGUCGUAGCACCCACCAUAGCCACCCCCACUCACAUUAAACAGCUGAUCCCGGUGACGACCGCUUCGACCACCCACCACCACGGCAAAGGCAUCAGUUAUUCCUCAUUCACCCAGCAGGCAAAUCCUGCCGCUCUAGCUCACCUGCAAAACCACGCUCCCUACUACAACACCGCCGGAGCCCACUACUACCAACAACAACAGCAACAGCAACAACAACAACAACAGCAACAGCAACAACAACAACAACAACAACAGCAACAGCAACAACAACAACAACAACAGAUACACCAAUACCAAAAUCAGCAAGCCCAGCCACAGUCACCUGCGCGUUUCCAAAUCUAUUCUACGGUGGCGACCCCAUUGCAAAAGCCAUCGAUCCUGUACGCCCAAUCGGGAGCCAUCUACGCCACGGCAGCCUCUCCUCUGUACCAUCAACAGCAGCAAUCCCAGCAACAACAACAUCAACAUCAACAACAACAACAACAACAGGCCCAACAAUCGUCCCCGAUCCACUACGGUUCCCAUCUGUAUCAUCCGCAACCACCUUUGCAAUCGUACGCCCCCCUAGCCAAACUCGCCUACACUCCGGGAGCUGCCUCGCUGCAGAAAGGCUUCUAUCCGUUUCAGUGA